AUGAGCAAAAUACUUGCUGUCCUCGGCGCAACCGGGAACCAGGGCGGUUCUGUCGCCAACUUUGUUGUCAAUGACCCAGUGCUUUCCAAGGAGUACUCUGUGCGAGCCUUGACCCGGGAUCCGAAGAAGCCUGAAUCUGAAAAGCUGGCGUCCAAGGGCAUGGAAGUUGUCGCAGCGGACGUAGAUGACGUCGAUUCUCUGAAGAAGGCCUUUGCAGGUGCCCACACUGUCUUCGCCGUCACGACCACUACGUACGAUGAUCAGACGAAGGAACGAGAGGUACGCCAGGGGCGCACUGUUGCCGAUGCAGCUGUCGCGGCCGGCGUUCAGUACCUGAUCUACAGUACUCUUUCCUCUCCUGCUCUGGUGUCCCAGGGAAAGUACAAAAACGCAGUCCAUUUUGACUCCAAGUACGAAGUCGAGCAGUAUAUUCGCACUCUGCCGAUCAAAAGCGCAUUCUUUGCACCCGGAACCUUUAUGCAGAAUUUUACCGGCGACAUGUCCCCUCGCCCUGCUGGUGACGGCACAUACGCGCUGGUAAACAUUGUGUCGCCGGAGACGACGUGGUCGAUGAUCGACAUCACAGAAACUGGAAAGUUCGUUGCUGCAAUUUUGGCUGAACCAGAAAAGUUUGAAGGGAAAACUCUCUCUGCGGCAACUGGGCUAUACACAACCAACGAAUUGGUGAAAAUCAUUAGCGAUGUCACAGGCAAGACAGUCAACUAUAACCAAAUACCACCAGAUGUGUUCAAGAGAUUCUUGCCGCCCGCUGCUGCUGAGAACUUGGCUGAGAUGCUGCUGUAUAUCCAAGAUUUUGGCUAUUUUGGAGCUGACACGCGGGAGAAGGUGGACUGGACGACCAAGGUGGCCAAGGGAAAGCUGACUACCUUUGAGGAAUUUGUUGCUAAAAACUACCCACAAGGAAUGCAGUAG